AUGGCAGGACUUAAUACAGUGUAUAUUUUGAUGUGUGUUGUAAUAAUUUUCACAUUGAUGGAUUUUUGUGAACCGCAAAGUAAAGAUGACCCGCAUGCAUGUCCGGUCAAAAUAGCAUCUCCACCAGGUAGAAAGAAGCGCAGAAAUGGAAAACUACGUCUGCCGAAACCAACAUCACCACAACCAAUAUUAUAUGCCUGCUGCAAGGACUAUAGCUUCGACGAUAAAUCUAAAAAGUGCGUGCCAAAUUGUGACUUGGAAUGCAUCCACGGCACAUGUGUGUCGCCAAAUAAUUGUGAAUGUAAAUCUGGCUACAAAUUUACUACUAAUAGUACUCAUAUUUGCGAACCUAAAUGUAACAAAGAGUGUAAUCAUGGAACAUGUUCAGCACUUAAUCAAUGUGCAUGUGAUCCUGGGUACAAACAAGAUCCAAAAGACAUAUAUAACUGCAUACCGGUCUGCAGUCUUGGUUGUAUUAACGGUACCUGUAUUUUGCCAAAUAAAUGUGAAUGUUCUGUGGGUUAUAAGUUCACUGCAAACAGUGAAAAUGUCUGUGAACCUAAAUGUGACAAAGAGUGCCAAAAUGGAAAAUGUUCAGGACCAAACAGAUGUACGUGUUACUAUGGCUAUGAAAAAGAUUCCGAAGACGAAUUUAAAUGUAAACCAUUAUGUUCUCCCGAAUGUGUACACAGUAAGUGCACUGCGCCUAACAAUUGCACAUGCGAUAAUGGAUACCAAAAGCUAAAAAUGAACGAAAGUAUGUGUUACAAACCUUGCGAAACGCCAUGCCAUAACGGUUUUUGCAGUUUGGAUGGACAAUGUACUUGUUUUGAAGGUUAUAAAUUUGUUCUGGACACUUGUAUUCCAUCUCUUAACUGCAGUGAGUGUCACGGUAAUUGCACUGAAGAGAAUGGUGAUCAGCAGAACUGUCGAUGUCCUGAUGGAAAACCUUGUCAAGCCAAUAAAAAUAACCCGAUAGAAAUACCUGAGGAAACAGCCACAGUCAAUGUCGACUGUGGUGAUUGCAAUGGUAGUUGCGAGCCAGAGAAUGGUAUACAACAGAGCUGUCGGUGUCUUGACGGCAAUCCAUGUAAAAAUAAUCCUAUAGAAAUACCUGAGGAAAUUACUACAGCCGAGCAAGCUGGUAUAAAUCCAAUUGUCUUGGUUUUCGCCGCAAUUGCGCUUGUGUUGAUCGUUCUUAUAAUAGCCGUAAUACAACGCAUCUGGCACAAAAGUAAUAAUUAUGACAGUAAAGGAAGUCCAAGCAAUGAAGCAGCAAUUGGCAGUGUUGUCUAUCAUACAUUUCCAGCCACAUUGAUACAACCAAAGGGCCACGAAGAUACGAACCCAAAUGACGAUCCCGAAAUCGAUAAUUUGACUCAGGAAGAAGCGGCAAUAGAUACUUUACUUCGACGUUCUGCAGAAGAAAACAUAUCUUAA